GCUGUGUGCUCCACCCAGAUCACCUCCAAGUUCGACAGGUUCAUCAAGUCCGACACGUGCUCCGCGGUCCCCAUGUCUGCGGACAAGAUUUGCUCUGACGGUCCCGUCGUGGAGCCCGUUGUCGACAAGGGCCCCGAGUGCUCCGGCCGCACCGUCACCGUCAAGCGCAUGGACCGCGCCGGCCUCGAUGGCCACGGCUGGGGCAUGAACCUGCAGUUCAUGUGCGGCGACUCCAAGGUGAGCAUCGGCAACAGCCGCGGCUCCCAGACUCAGUCCACCGUCGUCAACACCCCCAUGCACAAGGGCGACUGCGUCGCGCGCAUUGACAAGUCCAACUGGCUCGGCGGCUACACCUACCCGGACUUCUUCGACGUCACCGUCGGCGAGUGCCCUCCUCCUCCCUCCCCGCCCGCCCCCGUCGUCGACAAGGGCCCCGAGUGCUCCGGCCGCACCGUCACAGUCAAGCGCAUGGACCCCGCUGGCCGCGAUGGCCACGGCUGGGGCAUGAACCUGCAGUUCAUGUGCGGCGACUCCAAGGUGAGCAUCGGCAACAGCCGCGGUUCCCAGACUCAGUCCACCGUCGUCAACACCCCCAUGUACAAGGGCGACUGCGCCGCGCGCAUCAACAAGUCCAACUGGCUCGGCGGCUACAGGUACCAGGAUUACUUCGACGUCACCGUCGGCGAGUGCCCUCCUCCUCCCUCCCCGCCCGCCCCCGUCCCCGUCGAGCCUACGUGCUCCAGGGCCGUCACUGCUCGCCGCCUCGACGCCAACCACGGCUGGGGCAUGAACCUCAGGAUCAAGUGCGGCACCGACACCGUCACCAUCGGUAACUCCGACCGCCAGACCAAGACCGUCUACUCCAACGCGGGCAUCAAGGGCUGCCCCUCCAAUGUCGACAGGAACAGCUGGGUCGGCGGCGACCGCUACGGCGACCGCUUUGACAUCACCAUGGGCCCUUGCCAGCCCGAGCAGACCGUCCAGUGCCGCCGCACCGUCACCGCCACCCGACUGGACGCUAACCACGGCUGGGGCAUGAACCUUCGCUUCCGCUGCGGCGGCCAGGUUGUCUCCAUUGGCAGCUCCGGUUCCCGCUCCAGGUCCACCACCACCAGUUUCACCAUGUCCGACGGCCAGUGCCCCGGCGAGGUCAACAGGAACAACUGGGAGGGCCACGACAGGUACGGCGACAGGUUCGCCAUCAAGGUCUCCGGCUGCGUCGGUGCCGCCCUCGGCGAUGCCCAGAAGUACGACCACGAAGACAAGCUCAUCCAGUAAAUGGAUCAGCAAGCAAGUGCUCAUCAAGUAAAUCUCGCCGCACAGUGUGAGACCCCGAGCCAUUCUCAGACAAAGAGACGCGCGCACUCUCGUUUCGCCUUUUACGAACGUGAGACGCUCGAUGCGCUCUUCUGUUCAAUUAUGCACGUAUCGAAACGAGGACCCCUUCGUAUUUGAAAUAACAAAACGAGACGUUCCUCGAC